GGUGGGUCCAGGUGCCACUUCUAGACUUCACGUAGUCUACCACCAGAUGAUCCAGGAACACAAGAAACGAUAGACAACCCAAGGCCAAGUGCCAAGUGAAAUGUGGAAAGAUGAGAAAGUUGGAAGCAUCCUAGAAGCUCACCUCCUCCUCCUCCUCCUUCUCUCUCUCUCUCUCCGUGCGAAGAGUCCAUGCAUGAGAAUCAACUGAGAUGGAGAUGCAUAUAAGAGAUCAGAGAAAGUUGCAGUCAAUAAGCCAGAAGCAGAUCAUGGGGAGGUCAGAAAUAGAUGGGAGGUGCAGGAGGCACCCAGAGCACAGGCAAUCCAGAGGGGUGUGCCCCUUCUGCCUCAGGGAUAGGCUCUCUCAACUCUCAGCCUCUUCUUCUGCCACCACCACCCUUUCCUCUGCCGCAGCCACCUCUUCUCCAGAUACCAACCUCUCUUCUGCUGCUGCCUCCCCUCCCAGUCAAGUCCACAACAAAGGCUUAAGGCUCCUUCUCAAGCCCGGGCCGCUGAAGAAGAGCCGGUCGCUGGCUUUCGUGAUCGGCAGGCUGAGAGACGAGGACAAAGGGAAAAAGAAAGAGGAGGGGAAGAAGGAGAAGGAUAAGAAGAAGAGGAAGAAGGGGGGGAGCUUUUGGUCUAAGAUGGUACUUGGUUCAGACAGGAGGAAGGAGGUGGAUGGUGAUAUGUUGCACUCCAGGACCAUGAAAGAGAAGAUUGCUACUAAGUGGGCUUUAUUCUGAUGUAUGUUCCCUUCCCCUUCAUCCUCUAACCCUGCAACCCAAGGAGAAGAUAAAGAAGAAAAAGGAUGGUCUUAGUAUAUGAUAUACUAGUUCAAAGAUUUAGAAGAUGUUAAGCCCUUUUUCAUAUGUCCCUUGUUGUACAUAGAAAUUUCCCCUACAACACACAGUUUGUGCUUAUUCUCUUGAGAAGAUUAUAUUGAAUGUAAUAGGGAUCUUGUAAAUAACAUAAGGGCUAUCUGAUAUUCACUACAAUUAAAAGUUUCAAUUGAGAUCA